AUGACUUCUUCACGGAAAGCCCAUUUUAUGUACACCAAUGCGGUGUACUGGGAAAACCAGCGUGUCUACAACGGAGAUACCCCGGGGCAGUUAAGUUAUGGCUGCAUCAACCGUGUCUACUAUGCCUUCGCCAACGUGACGCCAGACGGCGGAGUAUUUCUUGGCGACGAGUGGGCCGAUACCAGGGCGCCAUGCGAUGGUGUUCAGGGUGCCUUGGGGUCGUUCAUGCACAUCAAGCAAAGAUACCGCCACUUACAGGUUGUUUUGUCCAUUGGGGGUGGUAAUUCAGCCGACAUAUUCCCCAUCGUGGCCUCUAGUGCCAUUCUUCGAGACAACUUUGCUCGCUCAGCCCGGAGUUUGGUUGAGGCGUCUGGCUUGGAUGGCAUCGAUAUUGUGUGGCCGUACCCCUAUACCCCCGAACAGGGCCGGGACUUCCUGUCACUUCUAGCCGCGGUCCGCAUCUACCUUCCCGAGGACCGGUACAUUCUCACGGCGACCCUCUCCGCGAUCAAGCCCGUUCUUCAGAACAUCGACCUUCGGCAAUCGGCCGAGUACCUCGACACCGUCAACCUGAACACUUUCGACUUCUUCGGGCCCUGGAGCCCCAAGAGCGGCCACCACGCCCAGCUGUACACCAUGAGCAAGGAUGAGCAGUCUGCCGCCACGGCUGUCAAGGAUCUCAUGUCCUCGGGCGUACCAGGCAAGAAAAUCUUGAUGGGGAUCCCCACGUACGGGCGCAGUUUCUUGAAUGUCGCCGGGCCCGGCCACAAAAACCGCGGGAUGGGCGGCGCGGACGGGGCGUUUGAGUACAACCAGCUGCCGCGCAAGGGGACCAAGGAGCUCGUCGAUAAGCGGGCUGUGGCAGCGCAGUGUGUAGGCGGCGAUGGCGGGUUCGUGACCUAUGACAACCCGGAGACGGUUAAGAUGAAAGCGGCGUUUGCAAAGCAGAAGGGCUUGGGAGGACUGUUCUACUCGUCCGGACCUAGUGAUGCAAAGGAGAGCAAGCGGAGUCUGAUUACCACAGGCUUCAAGACGCUGCAUAGCUCCUGA